UGUGAGCAGAAACACACUGGUGAGAACCCAUAUACUGGUUGGAACAGGGAAGCAGGCGCGCGGCACGGGGACCCGCCGGAAGAAGCAUCAGCAGCAGCUAUAGCGCGCACUGGACGCACACCGACCAUCCACCGGCAGCACGAGCGACACGGAGGCGCACAGCGGGGCGGAGAGGAGGAGGAGGAGGCACCUGCACGGCAACUCGUUGGUCUCUCCCUCUCUCUCGCCGCUCCCCUCACCUCUCGUUCCUCUCGGACCGUCGCCGCUUCCUCGUUAAGAUGGCUGACCCCGGCAGCGACGGAGAGGUACCGGAGAGCGCGCGCGGCUUCGCCCGGCAGGGAGCCCUCCGCCAGAAGAAUGUGCACGAGGUGAAGAACCACAAGUUCAUCGCGCGCUUCUUCAAGCAGCCCACCUUCUGCAGCCACUGCACGGACUUCAUCUGGGGCUUUGGGAAGCAGGGAUUCCAGUGCCAAGUGUGCUGUUUUGUGGUCCAUAAGCGCUGUCAUGAAUUUGUCACCUUCUCCUGUCCGGGGGCCGACAAGGGACCGGCAUCCGAUGAUCCUCGUAGUAAACACAAGUUUAAGGUCCAUACCUACUCCAGCCCGACCUUCUGUGACCACUGCGGCUCGCUCCUCUACGGGCUGAUACACCAGGGCAUGAAAUGCGACCACUGUUUGAUGAACAUCCACAAGCGGUGUGUGGCCAACGUCCCGAGCCUGUGUGGGACAGAUCACACGGAGAGGAGAGGACGCCUUCAGAUCACUGCCCAGAUCGCUGACGAAACUCUCACCGUCACCAUCAGAGAGGCGAGGAACCUGGUGCCCAUGGACCCCAACGGCCUGUCAGACCCCUAUGUCAAACUCAAGCUGAUCCCAGAUCCCAAGAGUGAGAGCAAGCAGAAGACCAAGACCAUCAAAUGUUGCCUCAACCCCACCUGGAAUGAGACCUUCACUUUCAAACUAAAAGACAGCGACAAAGACCGCCGUCUGUCAGUGGAGAUCUGGGACUGGGACCUGACCAGCAGGAACGACUUCAUGGGAUCCCUGUCCUUCGGGAUCUCAGAGCUACAGAAACAAGGGGUAGAUGGAUGGUUCAAGAUGCUGUCCCAGGAGGAAGGAGAGUAUUUUAAUGUUCCCGUCCAGCCAGACGGAGAAGACGGUAACGAGGAGCUACGACAAAAGUUUGAGAGGGCGAGGGUGGGUCCAGGGAAGUCCACAGACUCUUCUUCCUCCUCCUCGGUGUGCAAGUACGACAGCAAUGGCAACCAGGACCGAGUCAAGCUCUCAGACUUCAACUUCAUCAUGGUUUUGGGCAAGGGCAGCUUUGGCAAGGUGAUGCUGGCUGAGAGGAAGGGCACAGAUGAGUUGUACGCUGUCAAAAUCCUGAAGAAGGACGUGGUGAUCCAGGACGACGAUGUGGAGUGCACCAUGGUGGAAAAGAGAGUCCUCGCUCUGGCUGGAAAACCUCCUUUCCUCACUCAGCUGCACUCCUGUUUCCAGACGAUGGACCGAUUGUAUUUUGUCAUGGAGUAUAUCAAUGGAGGAGACCUUAUGUACCAGAUCCAACAGGUCGGCAAAUUCAAGGAGCCGCAUGCUGUCUUCUAUGCUGCAGAGAUUGCCAUUGGACUUUUCUUCCUCCACUCCAAAGGCAUCGUGUAUCGGGAUCUGAAGCUGGACAACGUUAUGCUGGACGCUGAAGGCCAUAUAAAGAUAGCUGACUUUGGCAUGUGCAAAGAGAACAUGUACGAUGGAAUAACCACAAAGACCUUUUGCGGGACACCAGACUACAUCGCUCCAGAGAUCAUAGCUUAUCAGCCUUACGGAAGGUCUGUGGACUGGUGGGCUUUCGGAGUACUACUCUAUGAAAUGCUUGCUGGACAGCCGCCUUUUGACGGGGAAGAUGAAGAUGAGCUGUUCCAGUCCAUCAUGGAGCAUCACGUCUCCUACCCUAAAUCCAUGUCCAAAGAAGCUGUUGCUAUCUGCAAGGGGCUGAUGACAAAGCACCCAGGUAAGCGUCUGGGCUGCGGUCCAGAGGGCGAGAGAGACAUCAAGGAGCACGCCUUCUUCCGCUAUAUAGACUGGGAAAAACUGGAGAAUAUGGAGGUCCAGCCGCCUUUCAAACCAAAAGCUUGUGGGCGUGAUGCGGAGAACUUUGAUCGCUUUUUCACGCGCCACCCCCCUGAGCUGACCCCCCCAGAUUCGGAACUUAUAGCCAACCUGGACCAGGAAGAAUUCCAAGGCUUCUCAUUUGUUAACCCUGAGUACCCCGACAGCACUCAAUGACCAUGCCACACAUCACUGGGCUGCACAAGGCAACCCCCCACACCUCAACACACAUAAUAAAAACAAACAAAAAAAUACCAUGAUGUCAUAUCCAGGUGAAACAUGAAAGAAAUAGUUCAGCAUUUUGGGAAAUACGCUUUUUUCCCCCUGAGACGUAGGAGAGAUUAUUUGUAUCAAUCUCAUGUCUGUAAGAAUGGGCUGGAGUCGGGAGGUGAUUAGCCUAGCCUAGCAUAAAGACUGGAAGCAGGUGGAAAGCAUUAAAGAAUAUAUAGUCUUACUAGUUCAUCUAAAUCAGCCAAACUGACAUAUUUGUAUCUAGUUUGUUUAAUAAAUACACAAGCAAGAUUGCAAACAAAGAGUUUACAUGCAGUCUCAUGUAUGGAAAUGAGAUUAAAUGUAUUCAAUUGGUAAAUGUAGGUUAUGUAUUUGAGCUGUAUUUUUAUGGUAAUACGUUUCACCUCUGGCUUCCACCAUCUUUUUAUGCUAAGCUAAGCCAAUUUGCCUCCUAGCUCCAGCCCCGUACACUAGAGUACAGACAUAAGAGUGGUAGAAAUCCUCUCAUCUAAUGCUCUGAAAGAAGUCAAACAAGCGUACAUCCCAACAUUUACAUUCCUCUGCAAAAUGUUCGGAUUGAAAUGCAGACAGGUGCUCAAACGCUAACAAUCAGGAGACAUAAUCACAUAUUCACGUGUCAAGUUGCCAGUGGGAGACGAGCGGUGACACUGUUUUCAAUUGACUGUGGUUUAGUUUAGCACGUCAUGUGACACUUGCUGCUCUCAUUUCAGCUCUACUGGCUGUAUUUCUAUCUUUAGUGUAGAAAUGUUUGCUCGCUCCUGAACGCCGACCGGCUGCUCUCUGUGUCGCCCUCCCUGUGAUUGCAUAUUGACAACCUAACAGUAAUAUUGAUGAGUGUACUAUGAUCACAUUAUUUGGUAAUAUUCAUACAGUGUAAGUGAAAACUGACCAACUGCUUUGCUAUGAUUGUUUGAGUGCUAAAUCAGUUUCCUAAUGUUACAUUUAUUUUGUCUAUAGGACCAAAUACUUCUGUUCAGUCGGUGUUGUGGUGAGCUUAAGAUUUUUGCUGAUAAUUUUAAACCAGAGGAUAUAAUACUUUAUACGUGCAUUCAGAGUGUCUGCGUCAAAAUAGUGAUUUUUGACUAAAGUCUCAUCACCUUUCUCCUGAGUCAUUACCGAAAGCAUUAGGCACAUUACACUGUUUUUAACGACAUAUCUCUUAGCUUGUAAACAACCUUUUUUUGAGGGGAUUAUUUCACAUAUGACGAGUCUUGUGAAGCUUGUAGUUUGUUAGGAUGUCCAAAAGUGCCAACAUUGUGUUCAGAAUCAUGAGGAUGUGGAAACGUAUUGUCCUCAACUACUGUGAUGAAGGGCAGCCAUCUAGUGCCAUUUUGCAGUACAUGUAUAAAUAUUAGAAUAUGCAUUAUAGCUCAUCUGUUCUCCAACAAAACAAUACUCUCGGAAAGUCAUUUUCAUAUAUGAAGUGAAUGAAGACGUGCGUUUCAUUGUGAGGCAGGUUGUAUUAUCUUUUUGUAACUGUGUAACGAUGCAGGGUUGUAACAAAUGUGUCAAAUCUUGUUCUUUGAGCUCGUAUCAAAAAGGGAGGCGGCAUGAAGUUGACAUCAUAGAUACAGAAAGAUGCUCGCUGAUAACAAGACGUUUGAUUCUGCCAGGUGGACAGACCAUAAAUCAAUGGUCACAUAAGGAGCGAUAUGACAGAGAAACAUAUAUAUAUAUAUAUAUAUAUAUAUAUUUGGAGUUCUUUAUUAAGAGGGAUAUAUGGAUAAAUAGUUUGGGAUUGUAUAAUUGUCCUGUAUGACUGGAAACUGAUAAUAUAUUCACUGGUGCCUACCAGACUACUUC